CCCAGAAACAAAAAUGAAAAGGAAAGAGAUUGGCCAACAAGAUGACGCCCUUUCCCUAAUCUGCCCCUAAAAUACAAAGCUCCAAAAUCCAAAACUUUACCCCAAAAUUUUGGGGCUCAAAAAAAUUUGGGCUCGAUUUUCUCCCGCUUGAGCGUGGGAACCAAAUUCAAAAAACCCGCCUGCUGCCUCCUCGUCUUCUUCAAAUCUCCAAUUCUUUUUCUCCAACCCUAAAAAUUGAAAUCUGAUUUACAGAACACAGAAACACCAACAAUUACUCAGAUCCCACCCUCCACCUAAUGGCCGGAGUUCGUGUCGUCGGCGGCCGGAUCUACGAUCCCGUCAACGGAAAAACCUGUCACCAGUGCCGGCAGAAGACUAGGGAUUUCGUGGCGUCGUGCAAGAAUCUGAAGAAGAACAAUCGCUGCACCAUUACCUUUUGUCACAAGUGUCUUCUCAACAGAUAUGGAGAGAAAGCUGAAGAGGUGGAGCUUUUGGAUGAUUGGCAUUGCCCCAAAUGCAGGGGGAACUGUAAUUGUAGUUUCUGCAGGAAGAAACAAGGCCUCAAACCCACUGGUCUUCUUGUUUACACGGCCAAGGAAGGCGGGUUUCGUUCUGUUUCGGAGAUGUUGACCGCGAAGGGGCCAGAGAAUUUUGGUAUUGAGAGGAAGGUUGUUGACAAGGAGGCUGUUGAUGAAAAGGAGAAUUCUAUUGAUCUAAAUGUUGAGGCCAGCUUGAAUUCAACACAAAACCCUGAGGGAGAAGUUAGGAAAACAAAGAGGAACGGAUUGAAGGAAAUCCGUAAUGGCAGCAGGGAUGAUCCUAAAGUCUCUGAGGAUGGUUCUGUCAAAAAGGUGAAAUCAAGAAAGAGAAAAAGUAAAGACCAAAGUGAAGAAGCAGAUGAUGCGAAACUGCAAGGUGAAGUUCAAGAUGUUGUGAACAACAAUAAUGUCAAGAGGAAGAAAAAGGCCAAGGACAAGGUCAAGAGUGGCGAAGAGACUUGCAGAGGUGAGGAAUGCAAUAAUAAUCAAAGAGAAGAAGCAAAUGACGUGAAACUGCAAGGUGAAGAAGUCCAAGAUGUUGUGAACAACAAUGUUGUCGAGAGGAAGAAAAAGCACAAGGACAAGGUCAAGAGUGGCAUAGAGACUUGCAGAGUUGAGGAAUGCAAUAAGGAUCAAAGAGAAGAAGCAGAUGACAUGGAACUGCAAGGUGAAGAAGUUCAAGAUGUUGUAAACAACAAUUAUGUCAAGAGGAAGAAAAAGGCCAAGGACAAGGUCAAGAGUGGCAUAGAGACUCACAAAGGUGAGGAAUGCACCAAGAAUAUUCUGAAUAAAUAUGUUGAGCCUGAACUACCCUUGCCUGAGGGCAUUCCCUUAACAAGUGUCCUGGGAAUUGAACUACUUCCUGAGGAUGCUGGAAACGCUUUGCAAUUCUUGGAAUUUUGUUCAGCUUUUGGAGAGGUUCUCGAUCUCAAAAGAGCACAGGCUGAAUCUAUACUUGGUGAAUUACUCCGCCGACGAAGUGGGAGAACUGGUCGCCCUGGACAAUACUCCUCAGUUAUUCGGUUUCUCAUGCAACUCCUAUCUCUACUACAGGAGGAUAUGGGAGAGGAGCCUUCAUCUAUAGAUGAGAUAAGCCACAAAAAUACAUGGUUCCAAGAUCUGGGUAAAUGCAUCUCUGACUCUGAGGCCGAACACCUAUUGAAGGAACUGCCUACAGAUUGUUUCAGUAGAGGUGCUGCUGGAUAUGAUAUCUUAAACAUCUCUCAGAAGCUCAGACUCUUAACUUACCUUUGUGAUGAGGUUAUACGCACUUCUAAAUUGAGGAGCUGGAUAGAAGAACAACAUGAAAAGAUUGUUGAAAGUGAAAAGGAAGCAAAAGGAAAAGUUAAUGCAGCCAAAGAUAAGGAAAAACUUCUCAAGCGGAAGUUGCAAGAUGAGGUGGCCAAGCUUAUUAUUGCAAAAAAUGGAGCUCCUCUGUCAAUUUCGGAACAUGAAGCUCUUGUUUCACAAAUAAAAACUGAAGCAGCUCAAGCUCAUGCACAGUUGCUUGAAGCAGAGGGCAUAAUGCCUAAAAAGAAACAAAGAUGUGAUGCUCUAAGAACAGAGCCUUAUCGUGUGGAUGUUGAUGGCCGCGUCUUCUGGAAACUAAAGGGUAACAAUAAUGGAGAAGAUAUUGUGCUUCAAGAUACGGGAGCCUGGGAUGCAGUUGUAUCUAAAGAAGAAUGGUUUGUUUAUGGUGUGGAGACAAAGGAAGCAAUUGAAAAACACUGUUCUUCUUUAAGGAGAAAAAAGUUUAGCGGAACCGUGUCCCAAACUGUUCCUCGUGAAAGUGAUGUGGAAAGCAUGUAGAUGAGGGCCAUUGUUUUUUUUCAAAUGGCAUUUACUCCUAAUUGGCUUUACAAUUGAACAGUGUAGAUCAGCAGGAUUAUCAAUAGACUGAUUGCUUCUGUCCGAAAGGCAUUGUGGUAGUGCUGUAGAAGUAGGUUCACAUACACAGUAACAAGGGCUGCCCCGUUGUUUAACAAAACUUCAUAUGGUAAAGCUGCUUCAGAAGUGAUGUAUU